AUUUUAGCUAUUUUUUUCAUUUUGCUGCUGUUUAUGUUGUUGUUGUCACAUGCCCUUAAAGGGUGUUGACUUUUUAUCUUGAAGCUUAUAAAUGUAAAUAUCAGAGCUUAUGUCUAUUUAUCUGUUAGCUAUGUAUGUUAAAAGUGUUGAUGCAUAUUUGAAAAUUACGCCGUGGUGAUAUCACGUGCUAGCAUUUCUACUAAUUUCCUAACAUCCGCUACUUGUUUAAUUACUUUCUGCUAUUUUAUACUUUUGUAAGGUAAAUGCUGUUUGUAUGCUAUCUGAAUAAAGUUUAAAGGUACAUUAGAUCAACAUUUUAUAUUUAAAAACAAUUACUUCAUUUAGUAUAUAAUAAACAUAAAAUUAACAAAUUUAUGAGUAUUUAACAGUACUAUGCAUUACGUUUGGAGGGGCCUGGGGUCUUCGCCAUAUGACCUAUAUAAUUUCGUCGUUGCGACGUUACACCCAACAAAAAGAAAAAGGAUCUAUACAAGUGUAAAUUAUGCAUAGGUAAUAUUUUUACACAAUGAAAGCUUGAUUUAAUUUUUACCUUGAUCUUUUGCAGACUCUGAUUUUUCUAGGAAUAACAUUGAUUACCUCUUGCAAUUCUGUACCAGUUCCCUACAUGAAAUUGAAGCAUGGUGGCAGCAGCGGAGCUUAUAGCACUACAGUGCAUGGCAGAUUGAGACGAGUACCGUGCGAAGUGUGACUGUUUUACGAUGUAGCCUGUCAUGGUCUUUGUCCUCCGUACCCAGAAGAUUGGGAAAAGAACAGGUUAUAUAUGAACUGCACAGAUGGGCUGUCCUAUCAUUGUGCUAAGGAUAACACCACAAGAGAAUAUGUUGAAGCAUGUGCCGAGCCAGUGCGUUGCGAACGUGGUAAUUGUCUUUACCAUAGAUGUCUUCAAAUCAAACAGUAAAGAGCCAAGAAUAGUUUUUCCAGCAGGGCACGAAAAGACAGCAAUUGUAGUUUGUCGAUACUGUGAUAAUGAAAAUUUUUACAAUCCUUAUGAAUUGAAAUUGUCUAGUACAUACUAUAGAUGUCCAAAAUGGAAAAGUCAGUGUGACAGUAAUGUUGGGCAGAUUAAGUGCGACUAUGAAAGGGGAGUUGAGAGGUACUAUACGAAUUAUAGAUGCAGGUGUGAUGUAAGAAAAGGUUACAUCCAAGAGCUGGCAGUUUGUCCAACAGAAUCACCUUGCCAGGAAGCGUCAGACUUGAAAUGCGUUCCACACCAGUGUGGCUCUACCUCGGAUGACAUUUCACAAGAGUUAUUGAAGGAUUAUUGUUGUGCACCAGUGUGUGAUGAAGGUUAUCAAAGAAAUGAAACGUCUGACGUAUGUGAUCCGAUUUCAAGUGCUUUAGGCACCGCAACCACACGAUCGUAUAAUCGAACGACUGCUACAAAACUAGAAACAGAAACAAACGCCAUCCUAACACACAUCGAAACUACAGUUACUGUAACGACAGAAGCGCCAUCUGUUUUCAAAGAAAAUACAUCAACAACAGCAACACCAAAUACAGAUAUAAAUGGUUCACUACUUCUGCUAGUUAUAAUAUUAAGUGUUGUUCUUGGAGCGGUGAUAACUGGAGUUUUAGUCUAUGGUAUCUACCGUACUAGACAUCACAAUAAAAGGAAAUCCAACAAAACACAAGCUAGAAAACCCGGAGAUGAUAAUGGUUAUAAUGCGAAUCACCAUGUUCACGUUUUGCGACGAGGAGCUCCAAUCAACGAUGGGGAGACUAAACCGUUUAUAGAUAAUGACAUAUAUCAGCAUGCUGAAGCUGUGGCACAAGUACGUGUCAGUCCUUCUCAAAAACGGGAAAAAAUCAAAAAAAUCCACGAGACUAGCGAUGAAAAUGAUGCACAAGGUGAAGAUAAUCAUGGACAUUUUUCUCAAGCUGCUCAAGGAAAUGAUCAAAAUGGAGACAACCCUAUGAAGAAAAAAUAUAAUGUGAACUGUCCUGCUAAAGCCACCGCAAGUCAGAAUGUGGGGAUUCACGAACAGGAUGAGGAUCACAAUAGUGAAAGUGUAGCAGAAAAUAGUAGAACCAUACCUGCAAAUCAUAAUGGUCAUCAUCACAAUCCGACAUCAAACGGCCAUCUGUCGCUUAGUGAUGAUACUUGUCUGACGGAGGUUGAAAUUAAUAGACAUGACGCUACACAAAAACUACCUGUUGUUAAUGAUGGCGGCGGUUUGUCAAGUAAUAAACAAGGUCUUGAUCAUUCUAAUAAUCAGGAGAACGGUAUUGAUGGAUACGGAUGUCAUAUAUGUGGUAUACAAAGCGCAGAUAUCAUAUGUAUAGAUUGUGAUAAGAAGCUAUGCCGAAAUUGUGAUAUUACAUGGCACAAACACCCAAGUCGUCAGAAAGUAUGUAGGCGAUUUGAUGAAACCAAAACACAGGAUUCCAGACCAUUAGCAAGCAACCAAAAUCAAGAAAAUAAAAAUCAUAAUUCUGGAGAAGUUUUCGAAAAUCCUGAACAGGAUCAAGAUCAUCGCAGUCAAAAUCUGGAAACAAAUAGUCCAGCCCAGCGAGUCAAUGCUCACACCAAAGGUGAGGAAUCUGUUCAGAAUAGAUAUCAGCCGGGCAAGACUGUCUCUCUACUUCAUAAGGAUAAAUUCUUACAACCGCGUACACAUACUCAAGAACGAAAGACAGGAAAUAGACAUUAUCCUCGUGAGCCAGAAAUUAAGAUUAUUCUUCCUGAAAAGGAUCAGCAUAAUAUUGAUGAAAUGAAUGUCCAUUUUAAAUUUAAAACAGGCGAUCAUCCUACACAGACAUCGACUGGGAAUACAGCACUCGAGAUAGUUGACGAUUGGUCAGAAGGAAACAUACCAAAGAUAGUUCCUAAUGACGUAGAACAAAUUGAUAUAGAAGCUGAGCAUGAUGAGGAGAAAGGUGCCCGUCUCGAAGAAUCUGUUCAGUUUGACAAAUCGUUUCAUGACGUGUCUUCGUCUGUCUAAGCAUUAAUUCUUUGAAACCAAUUAUUUAUUAUUACGAGGAAUAAUCUUAUGAGAUUGAUACUUGGAAGGUUGUCAGCCUCGUUAUCAUAUCGACUCCCGAUAUAUUUAGUUUGCGUUGUCUGAUUAUUUUUAUUAUGUUAUGUAACAUUACAUGUAUGUCAACAGAAAGUGUUUGCAUUACGUUUUUAAUCCCCCGCCACAAGUGGUGGGGGUUUAUAGGAAUGGCCUCCGUCCGUCCUUCCGUCCUUCUGUCCUUCCGUAACAUUUUGUGCCCGCUCUGUAUCUCCUAAACCCCUUGAAGGAUUUUCAUGAAAGUUGAGUCAAAUGAUCACCUCAUCAAGACGAUGUGCAGAACCCAUGAGUCAGCCAUGUCGGUUCAAGGUCAAGGUCACAACUCAAGGUCAAAGGUUUGAGCCUACCAUUUCGUGUCCGCUCUGUAUCUCUUAAGCCCCUUGAAGGAUAAUCAUGAAAUUUUAAUUAAAUGAUCACUUCACCAAGACGAUGUACAGAACCCAUAAGUCAGCCAUGUCGGUUCAAGGUCAAGGUCAUAACUCAAGGUCAAAGGUUUGAGCCUAUCAUUUUGUGUCCGCUCUGUAUCUCUUAAACCUCUUGAAGGAUAAUUAUGAAACUUCGACUAAAUGAUCACCUCAUCAAGACGAUGUGCAGAACUCAUGAGUCAACCAUGUCGGCUUAAAGUCAAUGUCACAACUCAAGGUCAAAGGUUUGAGCCUUCCAUUUUGUGUCCGCUCUGUAUCUCCUAAACCCCUUGAAGGAUUUUCAUCAAACUUGGAUCAAAUUAUCACCUCAUCAAAGUGAUGUGCAUAAUUGAUGAGUCAGCCAUGCCGGCUCAAUGUCAAGGACACAACUUAGAGUCAAAGGUUUGAGCCUUCCAUUUUGUGUCCGCUCUGUAUCUCCUAAACUCCUUGAAGGAUUUACAUUAAACUUGGGUCAAAUGAUCACCUCAUCAAGAACUCAUGAGUCAGCCAUGUCGGUUCAAGGUCAAGGUCACAACUCAAUAUCAAAGGUUUGAGCUCUGUAUCUCCUAAACCCCUUUAAGGAUUUUCAUGAAACUUGGGUCAAAUGAUCACCUCAUCUAGACGAUGUGCAGAAGCCAUGUCAGUUUAAGGUCAAGUAACAUCUGAAGGUCAAAAGUUUACCCUUUCACUAUCCAUACCAGUGGCGGGGGAUUUAGCUGUCUUUCAGACUGCCUUGUAAUUAAUAAAAAUAUAUUGACAGUUAGAUAAAUAUUGGACCAAAGAGUGAAACCGUUGAAAUCUUGUUAUUGGUUGUUGUAGUACAAAAUUGUAAAAAGACAAAAUAAGAUAUAUGCAUAUGCUUGUUUUUAGCUGAAUACUAGUAUAUUGUACCUGUUCUCUGGAGGUUCUCGCAUUACCAUCUGUCAUAUCAGAUAAUUGUUUAAGCAUCGGGUCGAGAUUGUACAGUAAAUGAUUUUUAAACACACAACUCGCUGUAAACAACUCGAAUAAAGAAUGGUAAGAUGCAUUUCUUCAAAGACAUCACUUGUCAGUGCACUAUAUAAAAUCUGACCACUGUC